UUUACUCUUUGUCUUCCCAGUCAAAUACUGGAUCAAAUACUGGAUUCAGUGUCAAAAACUAAGGUACAUAAGCACAAAUAAUCGAGGCCUAAUCAAUCAUUUUCAAAAAGAAAUACAAAACCUGUGCUAAGUAAAAUAUAACAAUUAAGUUGACAAAAAAAAGACAAGAUUUAGUGAUAAUAUAGCAUAAUGAGAGAUUUACAAACAAUUUUUAAAAGGCCAGUUAAUUUUGACCAUGGAACAUCAAAGUAGCUAAAGGAUUUUCAGCAAAGCACAAGAGUAAAUGAAAAUACUAAAUGAUAUUAAAUAUUAAAAGGAACCUCUUUAUGGUUUGGUGUUAAUGUAAGGGUACUGUCAGUCUUACAAAUGGGGGCUGUGGGGAUCGUAAGAUAAAAUAUGGUUGGCAAGCACUGCUCUAGAAUGUCGACAGCCCUAGCUUGAAGUUUAUGUGUGUGCGUGUCUGGUCGUCUCAGCUGUCGCCUUGUAGUAAAAUUCUUUAACCUCCUGGCUCAGCAAUAUAUCACUUACAGUUGAAGUAAGGCAUCAUUACAUUAUGAAUUAAAGCUCCUCUCAGAAUAAAAGGCGAUGCAUUUUCCAUUAACCUAUUUGCUGGAUGUUUCCACUGAUUUGGCCAGCCCUUGCAGUUUCCAUUAAAUUAUUCCAUUUCCUCAAGGCAUAAAAAGUUACUAUAGUUUUUGCAUAUUCAUUUUUAAAUAUCAAAUAUACACUGCUAGACUUACUAGUUAAACUUAUAAAUACUGUUAAACUUGAGGUGACAGCCGUUUCUGGGUAAAAAAAGACAUGCUUGGUGGAAACUCCCACAUGUUCAAGCAUCAUUUCCGUCUUUGAGAUAUCAAAGUUCUGACUGAGUUGGCAAUAAAAGUAAAAAAAAAAAAGACAAAGAGGAAAGAGUCUCAUUCAGAUUAGCUGAUGGUAAGACUGAUAGGCAGAGAGGUCUAGUGUGAACUCAGUACAAUAACACAAAAAAGACAAAAACAGACAGGAAACAAGCGGAAGAGAAAGCCUAUGUUGGUUUAGCUCGACAAUCAUGAGCAGCAACUUUCUUUGCGCUCUUCUCGUCCUUGCCUUCCUGGGAUCAGGCAAAUCAAAUAGUGGUGUAUCUAUCAGACACGGUCGAUAUGGAGAUGGCCAGGACAUUACCUGUGUCCUCUCAGGGGAUGAAAAUAUGACUCAAAUCAAUUGGGAGAUGCUAAGAGGCCCGCAUCGCACCAAGUUGGGCACGUAUCACCCACGUUUUGGAAUUUACAUAAUGCAAGAAUAUAAGCCUAAAGUGAAGAUCCAGAACAAACAGACUCCUUAUCCAUCAUCAUCCCUUCUCAUUAAAGUAGCAUCAAAUGAGAGCGUGCAAAUCUGUUGUGCGUUCAUAACAUUUCCUUCGGGUAAACUUGAGCAGUGCAUUGAUAUCAGUAAAAAAGAUGUCAGUAUCAACACAUCUAUGAUAAAAGAGUUUACAUAUGAGGAACCAGAACCACGGCUGGGAUUAUUUGGACAUUUGGGUGCAAUGAUCAUUGGAACUAUUCUUUCCCUUUUUAUCCUGACCAUCCUAUUCUACUUAUGCAGAAAAACCAGCUGUAGAAGGAGGAAGUCCUUUGAAAUACGAACACACCUGACAGACUUACCGGCUGAGACAUUUGCUGAAGAAUCAGUUGAUGUACCAGCUUCUCAAAAUUCUCCAAAUGGCUUUGACCGCUCAAAACUUUAUGCCAAGAUCAAAAAAGACCUUUUAUACGGCCGGCUGUGGAAGUCUUACCAAGGCCAACCCAAAUCAUGGACACAAGGUAUCAUGACUGAUCAAGGACAUGUUUAUCACUUGUUAGGACAUAGUCCCUUACCGCAGAGAAAUGUGGAGAGCAGCCCUUUGAGGCCAGAUACAACAGAAUGAUUACAUUUUAAUAGUUUAUCGUUUCCAGUCUUUCCAGUGCGAUUGAGAGGAAUCUCGUCAUUUUUGUGUAAUGUAAAAUAGCUUAAAGCAGAUUGCAAUACAUUAUGUAAAGAAAAGAAUGAAUUACUAAUAUUAAAAGAAAUUUAUAUUUCAGUCGUUUUCAGGUUGAGAUAAAUUUUUGUAACACUGAAUAAACUUACAUGCAAGUAUCAAGUCUUUGUCAUGA